AAGAAGAAGAAGAAGUUAGCAUCGCAGCAAAGAAAUUACUGAAGACUGAUUUCUGUUUUCACAGGAUGGAGAACAACAGGGAUGAAGACUCUUCUACAGUCAAUGUCAACAAUGCCAAACAUCCUCUUAAUACUGAAGAAGAAAUGAAAUCCUCAGCACUCCGGCUCUCUUCUCUGUUGUUGGUGUGUUUUGGGUUGCUUUGUGCCAUACUGACUGCAAAAUUUGUCUACAUGAGUAUGAUGACGGCCAAUCAGAUGGAAAAUAUCAAAACCCUUGCAACAGACAAAAAGCGACUGAUUGAGGAACGAAAGAUGAUGAAAAACCAAAUUGAGCAGGUGAUCCGAGACAGACUCCUGAGCCUGUUAAGAGAGAGGCUUACCCGAGAGAGGCUUACUCAAGUCAGUGAGGAGCUGAGCAAUAAGAUAGAGGAGCUGAACCGACAGACAGAGGAGCUGAAGAAAGAGAGAGACGAGCUGAGCAAAGAGAAAGAGGAGGUGAACAAAAAGAAGGAGGAGGUGAACCAAGACAGAGAGGAGCUGAUUAGUAACACACAGGGGCUGAAGAAAGAGAGAGAUGAGCUGAAUAAAGAGCAAGUGAAACAGAGCAAAGAGAAAGAGAAGCUAAAAGAAGAGGAAGAAGAGCUAAGCAAAGAGAAAAAAGAGCUGAGCAAUGAGAAAGAGGAGCUGAGCAAAAGGAAAGAGGAGCUGAAAGAAAAAGAUGAGAGAGCAGGACUUAUUAAAGAGAAAGACAAGCUGAGCAAAGAGAAGAAGGAGCUGAACACUGAGAAAGACAAACUGAAGAAAAAGAAUGACGAGCUGAGCAAAGAGAAAGAGGAAAUAAGAAAAGAGAAAGAUGAACUGAACAAAGAAAAAUACAAGCUGAGCAAAGACAAAGAAGAGCUGAGCAAAGAGAAAGACAGACUGAACAAACAGAAAGGAGACCUGAACAAAAUGAAAGCAGAGCUGAUCAAAAAGAAAGAGGGGCUCAGCGAGAAAACAAAGGAGCUGAACAAAGAAAUAAAUAAGCUGAACAAAGAGAAAGAUGAGCUGAGCAAAAAGACAGAGGAGCUGAUCAAAAAGAAAGAGCAGCUAAACAAAGAGGAAGAUGAGCUGAAAAAAGAAGAAGAUAAGUUGAGCAAAAAGAAAGAAGAGUUGAUCAAAAAGAUAGAGGAGCUCAGCAAAAAAAUAAUGGAGCUGAGCAAAGAGAAAGCAGGGCUGAGCAAAGAGAAAGAUGAGCUGAGCAAAGAGAAAGCAAAACUGGACAAAGAGAAAGACGAGCUGAGCAAAGACAAAAAGAAGCUGAGCAAUGAGAAAGACAAACUGGACAAAGAGAAAGACGAGCUGAGCAAAGACAAAAAGAAGCUGAGCAAUGAGAAAGAUGGACUGAACAAAGAGGAAGGCGACCUAAACAAAAUGAAGGUGGAGCAGAGCCAAAAAAAAGGGGAGCUGAGCAAAGAGAAAGAGGAGCUGAACAAAAUGGCAAAGGAGCUGAACAAAGAGAAAGAUGACCUGAGCAAAAAGACAGCAGAGCUGACCAAGAAAACAGAGGAGCUGAACAAAUUGAAAGUGAAUAUGGACAAAGACCUGAACAAAAAUAAAUUAGAGCUGAACAAGGAGAAAGAGGAGCUGAACAAAUUGAAAGUGAAUUUGAACAAAGAGAAAGAUGAGCUGAACAAAAAUAAAGGAAAGUUGAACAAAGAGAAAGAGGAGCUGAACAAAAAGAAAGUGGACUUGAACAAAGAGAAAGAGGAGCUGAACAGACAGAAAGCAGAGCUGAGCACAAAGAAAGCAGAGCUGAGCAAAAAGACAGAGGAGCUGAUCAAAAAGUCAAAGGAUCUGCACAAGGAGAAAGAGGAGCUGAACAAAAUGAAAGAUAUGCUGAGCAAAGAGAAAGCAGGGCUGAACAAAGAGAAAGCAGGGCUGAACAAAGAGAAAGAGAAGCUGAACAACGAGAAAGAGAAGCUGAGAGUACAGAAACAGGGUCGAUGCAAAGACAAAGAUGCCCUGAAAAUCUUCUACAAUUUUGUUAUGACAUUUUCGUCCUUUACAGUUGAAGAAUUCUGCCCUCUAAAUAUGAGACCAAAAUGUCUGGAUUGCAGGAAAGGCUGGAUUUCCUUCAGGGGACACUGCUACUGGUUUUCUGAUACAGAUCAAAAUUCGAACUUCUGGAACGUGUCUCGAGAUUUGUGUCAGUAUGAUAGUGGAUAUUUGGCUGUAAUUGAUGAUCUGGAAGAGCAGAAAUUUAUCACCAAGCACGCCAAACCCUACAGUUCUAAAAACCAAGGAUACUGGAUAGGGUUACAUCAUACGCUACCCGGAUGGUUUUGGGUUGAUGGACGUAAGAACACCCUUGAUUUCUGGAUAAAAGGGAUUCCUCCUACUUCCGGAGCAGCACUGCAUAUGCCAGAAAAAAAAGCCAAAGAGAGCUGGAGAGCAGAAAACAAUGCAGUGGAGAACAGAUUCAUCUGUGAGCAUCCGAUGACUGUUUGGCCCUAUAACUGACACUGUUCUCUUAAAGCUUCAAUGAGGAACACUCAA